AUGGGGAACGACAACUUCUUGAACGUGUACAAGGGCCCGGACUCGGUGAGGCAGUAUUUCGAUCCAGAGUCGUCGCCGCCGAUGCCCCUUGUUGAGAUUCCAGAUUGUCUCAACCCUUACCGCUCGGAAGGCGUUCGCAUCUACGCCAAGAUGAUGUCGAUGCAUCCCGCGAACAACGUCAAAUCAAUGCCAGCCCUGAAUCUCCUUCAAAGCAGCAUCGUACCGGGCAAGACCAAGACGAUUGUCGAGUACAGCUCCGGGUCGACGGUGCUUUCCAUGUCCAUGAUUGCUCGGGCCUUUUAUGGCCUGCCGGAUGUCCGGGCCUUUCUGAGUAACAAGACGAGCCUGGCCAAGAUUCGCCUGAUGCAGCUCUUCGGGAUUGACAUCACCCUGUUUGGUGGUCCCUCGCAACCGGAACCGCUCGAUGAGAGAGGCGGUAUUCGAGCCGCUGGGAGACUGGCUCAAGAAUCUGACUCUGCGACGGUCAACCCCGACCAAUAUGCAAACGACGAUAACUGGAAGUCUCACGUAAAGUGGACUGGGCCUCAAAUCUUGAGGCAACUGCCAGAAAUCAACGUCAUCUGUGCAGGCAUGGGCACUUCAGGUACCAUGACCGGCCUGGGCACCUACUUUCGGAGUGCAAAGCCCAGCGUUUUCAGACUCGGCGUCUGCACCGCACCUGGUGACCGUGUCCCGGGACCUCGUUCAUACGCCCUCCUAGCACCCGUCGAGUUCCCGUGGAAAGCUGCCGUUGACCAUGUCGAGGAAGUCGGGUCGCACGACUCAUACUCUCUGUCCUUGGACAUGAUUAGAGAGGGCCUUGUCUGCGGACCCUCUUCAGGGUUCAACCUCAAGGGCCUCUUCCAGUUCAUCGAGAAGCGCAAGGCAGAAGAUAAUCUGUCUCAGCUGGCCGGGUCGGACGGCGAGAUUCACUGCGCCUUCUUGUGCUGCGACUUGCCAUACCAGUACGUAAAUGAGUACUUUGACAAACUGGGCGAGUCAUUCUUCCCGUCCAUCAAAAAUGAGGAGCUCCUCGGCGUCGACGUCCACAGAUACGACGAAGCCUGGGAGAGAGACGCCGCCGACGCAAUCGGUGCCUUCUAUGGCGUCAGCAAGACAAUGAGCGGCGACGUGCUUUUAGAAAACAGCACCGCGAGACCCAAAUCCGACACCACGAUUAUUGAUCUUCGCCAAGCUGCAGACUUUGAGGCCUUCCACGUCCCCGGAUCCACCAACGUGCCGUUCGUCCAGGCAGACCAAGGCAGUCCCUUCUCCGAUCCCAGGAUCCUCAAAGGGCUAUGGACUAGGCUUGAAGAGACCUUCAAACUCCCCCACCAAGACCUCCAGUCCCUCCUCCAAGGCAAGCGUGUCCUGCUCCUGUGCUACGACGGCGACAGCUCCCGCGUGGCAAACAGUGUGCUCAGAGCCAAGGGGUACGAGACGGACAACAUCAGGGGCGGAUUCAAGGUCCUCCGCCAGCUGAGGGACGAGGCAAAGCGCUCCCUUGCGAAUGCGACCCAACAGCGGAGCCAGAUGUGGCUGAGGUUGAGUACCGAGGCGGAGAGCAUCGCGGCGUCCCAGCCAAGUCAGAUCUCCCUGCCUGUUGAGCCGUUGUGA